CAUUAAAUCAUAUGAUGAAAAUGCUACAAAAGUUAAAAAUUGCUUUGAUACAAUUGAGUGUAUGUGAGGAGAAGACAACAAAUUUAAAUAGAGUUAAAGAUUUUGUACAGGAGGCUGUUAACAAAGGAGCACAAUUAAUUGCCUUGCCAGAAUGCUUUAAUUCUCCAUAUGGGAAUAAAUAUUUUAGGAAGUACGCUGAAUCUAUUCCUGGGGAAACAUCUGAACUAAUGUCUAAAUUAGCCAAACAUCAUAAAAUUCAUUUAGUGGCAGGAUCUAUACCAGAAAAAUAUGAAAAUGAUUAUUAUAAUACUUGUUUAGUAUUUGAUACAGAUGGAAAAUUAUUAACCAAAUUCAGAAAGAUACAUUUAUUUGACAUUGAUAUACCUGGAAAAAUGCAGUUUAAAGAAUCAGAAACUUUAAAACCUGGAUACAAUCUCUCUACAUUUAAUAUAUCAAACAUAAAAUUUGGAUUAGGAAUAUGUUAUGAUCUAAGAUUUCCAGAAUUAGCUUUGCUUUAUAGGAAACAUGGGUGUCACGUGUUAUUAUACCCCGGAGCGUUUAACCUGGUAACGGGCCCUUGCCAUUGGGAAUUAUUGAUAAGAUCGAGGGCUUUAGAUAAUCAGGUAUACUGCGCCGCCAUAUCACCGGCUCGUAGCGCCGAUUCCGAUUAUAAAGCUUACGGGCACACCUUAAUAUCCGAUCCUUGGGGUAAAAUAAUCGGGCAAACCGACGAAAAGGAGGGCAUAGUUUAUUCCGCAAUAGAUAUGGAUUACCUCAAAGAAGUGCGAGAACAAAUUCCAGUUUCAAAGCAAAAAAGAAAUGAUAUAUACAAUGUAACUGGACCACUAUAUAUACACACGCCAUGUGUUUUCAAAUUUAAUUCAUUCAUUCAUUAUAUGUCAGCUAAAAUUUUACGAAAAUUAAAAUUAGCUCUAAUUCAAUUAAAUAUAAGCGAUAAUAAACUCGAUAAUUUUAAAAAGGUUGCUAACUAUGUCAAAGAAGCAGCUAGAAGUGGUUCAGCCUUGAUUAUAUUGCCAGAAUUUUGUUGCAAUCCUUACAGUAAUACCUAUUAUAAAAAUCAUGGUGAAGCUAUACCAGGAAAUUUAUUUUACUUUUUGUCUGAUGUGGCAAAGCAAAAUAAAGUUUUUCUUGUAGCUGGGUCAAUUCCAGAAAAAUACAAUGGAUAUUUUUAUGCCACCUCUUUAGCUUUUAAUCUGAAUGGGCAAUUAUUAGCUCAAUUUAGGAAGAUUCAUUUAUUUGAUGUAAAUAUUCCAAACAAACUCAUCUUUAAUGAGUCUUCUAAGAUCAAAUCAGGAAAUCAAAUUGUCACCUUUAACAUGUAUAACAUAAAAAUUGGCUUAGGAAGAUGCUAUGAUUUAAGAUUUCCAGAAAUGGCAAUUUUAUAUAGGAAAUUGGGGUGUCACUUGUUACUUUACCCAAGUGCUUUUAGCUAUGUAACCGGACCACCUCACUGGGAAUUAUUGCUGCGAGCUCGGGCUUUGGAUAAUCAAGUUUAUUGCGCGGGUGUAUCCUCGGCUGCUGAUAAUAACCCCGCUGGUCACACAACAUUUGGACAUAGCUUGGUCACAGACCCAUGGGGCAAAGUAAUCGCUAAAACUGACGAAAAGGAAAGUAUCUUGUAUUCUGAAAUAGAUAUGGAUUAUUUGGAGGAAGUAAGGCAACAAAUGCCCUUGUCCAAUCAAAAGAGGGGAGAUUUAUAUUCCCUUGAGUAUUAUGAUGUUGCAGAUCCAGAGGCACCAUUUUACUCUAUACCGUAAAGAUUUCAAAAUAUUCCUCCAAUUCAUAUUAUCCAUCAAUGCAAAAUUUACUUAUUUUUUUAAAAAACAAGUUUUAAAGCAUGAUUCCCACAAAUUUGAAUGCAAUUAAUAUAUUAUAAAAGAAAAAAAUAUAUAUAUCCUUACAGUAUUUAUAAAUAUUAAAACCGAUGCAAAUAUGUCAAUAUGAAAUUUAUAGUAUUUACGAAUAAAUUCAAAUUUUUUUUAUAACCAUCAAUGCAAUUUACUUAUAGAAAACUUUAUUUUAACAAAUUCAUUCAUUACCACGCCAGAAAUUGCACGAAGUGCAAUUUCAUCACCCACCAGGAGUUGAAGCGUGCAUCAUGUAUUUUCACUAGUAUAUAGAUCCCAUACAUGAUGUCUACCCGUUUUAUUAUAGUAGACGGUACCACUAUGUAGCCAGUUAGCAAAGUGAAGAAGGAAGAAGUACAAUAAUGGUGAUGUAUUAGUUCCAUUACCGGCAGAAUAGUGUUAAGGAAAAAAAUAAAAAUAAAAUAAUGUCAUAAUAAUAAUAAUGUACCUGCAUCCUUAAGUAGUAUUUAGUGAGGCACCAAAAAAUAAUAACCCUUAUAUCUUGGUAAGUAUUGAGAGUUUAUGUUAAGUUUGCAUGAAGAGUCUCUUCCUUGUUUGUUGUUCGGUGUGCCAAAUAUCGUAUGUUCUAUAGAUCCUGUAUGUGCUGUGCCAAUGAUAUUUGGGUACGUCCGAGUUAUUGCGUUAUUAUUAUAACCAGUGUACCUUCUCAUUGUCCAUUAUACAACUAAUAGUCUCGUAAUUGUUAUCGUUAUCGUGGCCGAUAUCGUUAAAAAAAAUUAUAUUUUAAGUCAUCAAUGCAAAUCAGCUGGAGACGCCAUCUUGGUCACACUAAUUUUUAUUAAAAUUUUAAACGAGAGCCUAAUUUAUUCUUAUAUCUGAUGCAAACUUUAUUAAAGAAUUACCGGAUCAUCGAGAAUAAGGAAGCAAGUUAUCAAUUUAAUAGCAGUUUUUAACAUGAGAAUAAUUAGUAUAUGUGUUACCAAAAUGGCGGGUCCAGCUGAUUUGCUUUUAACGA